GUUUGUCAGGCUUUUCCUCUUCGUUCUCGUGACAAAAAAAAAUGGUUUUUUGGGGGGUUGAAGUGAAACCUGGCAAGCCUUUUACUCAGAAGCCAAAUGGGUCGAGGCUUCACAUCUCCCAGGCGACACUCGGGAUCGGUGUUGCUACCAACAAGAGCACUGUCCAGUGCAAUGUGGGCGAUGCGACUCCUGUAUUUAUAUGCUCCUUGUUUCCAGGAAGAGAAGAAUCCGCUCAGAUAAAUUUGGAAUUUGAGGAAGCCCAGCCAGUCGUGUUUUCGGUUCUUGGGGUUCGCAGUGUUCACCUCACCGGUUUCUACCUGGGAAAGAGUCGAGAAUUUGAUGAUGACUUAGAGUCCUACGGAGAAGAUAUCGCAGACACAGAGACAGAUAUUUCUGAGGACGACGACGAGUACGAAGAUAGCUUUAUCAAUGACGGUGAUGUUGAAUUCCUUCCACCUUCUCCUAUGCCGAAUAUAUCAGAGAAGGAGAAACCAAACCACAAGAAAGCAAGGAAGGGAAAAGACCAUCGUCGUCGACUUAGGAAAAAGCACGAAAAAAGCGAACCUGAUAAGGUCAAUAGCUUGUCACAACAGAAUACUGAGGCCCUGUUGUUAGAAUCCGAUGAGGAAGAUUUCUUCGUAUACUCUCUACUUAAGAAAAAGUCUUCUGCGAGGGACUCAGUAAUAAAUGUCCCAGAUGUAGUCAUGGAAACACCACUAGAUGUUGUCAAGAACAAGCGGAAGCAAGAUGGAAGCACCACCAUGAAGUCAUAUGAAAGUUUGUCUCCUACUGUUGUUGGCAGUGAACCUGGAAGCACUGCAACAAAAAUGAAGAGGAAAUUGCAUAUCGUGGAGGGAGAGACGGAGAAUCAAGCAUGGCAGGAAGAUAAAGAACCAAAAGCUGAUGAUCCGAGUAAGAAGAGUUCUGCUGUUGAAGUUGAGCAAGUUCCAAGUGGAGAGGAUUGCAGGAAGUCCAAAAAGAAGAAAAGGAGGGAUGAUAGCUUGCCACAUCAGAAUCCUGAGGCCCGGUCAUCAGAACCCAAAGGUGAAAAUUUAUUUGUAUCCUCUCUACUUAAGAAAGAGUCUUCUGCGAAGGACUUGGACAUAAAGGUCCCACAUGUAGUCAUGGAAACACCGCUAGAUGUUGCCAAGAAGAAGCAAAAGCAAGAUGGAAGCACCGCCAUGAAAUCAUCUGAAAGUUUGUCCCCUUCUGUUGGUAGCGGUGAACCUGGAAGCACUGCAAAGAGGAAAUUGCAAUUCAUGGAUAAGGAGUUGCAAAAUCAAGCGUGGCAGGAAGAUGAAGAACCAAAAGCCAAUGAUCCAACUCAGAAGAAUUCUGCUGUUGAAGUUGGGCAAGUUCCAAGCGGAGAGAAUUGAAAGAAAUCCAAAAAGAAGAAAAGGAAGAGCAAACUGCCAAAUGGGGAAGAAAGAUCAAUGUGAAAUCUCUCUCUCCAUCUUUAGAGAAAGACGAUGGGAAAGAAGCAAGUGCUCUUUUUUGUGAUACGUUUGCAAGACCAAAGUCACCGUUAAGUUCGAACUUCUUACUCAACAUCACCUUAUAAUUGCAAGAUGAAUUCUGAGGAAU